AUGGUCGAACCCCGUCGUCCGAGUACUAGUGCAAGUUCGCCUCGAACGUUCCGUUUUUUAAAGAAGAUUGUGAAUUUCUUCCGGAACCAAUUGUUCUCUGAGGAUGCAUUGAAGCUCCACGUUUUCAUGUAUUGGCUGUCUUGCCUUAUCAAGCUCAUGAAAUCCGCUGAUGAAAGCUUUUUUGCAACUCUGAGUGUUGCUUUAUCAGCCUUUACCCUGAUCAGUGCUCUGGUAGCAGUUGCUGGAAGAAAACCAUUCUACCUCAUUCCUUUCGCUACCAUCUCAGUAUAUGAGAUAAUGGAAACUCUGAUUCUCGUCAAUCUCGUCAAUAUCAAAUUCCACAGUCCUGAUUAUUACGAGAAACUCAGCACGAACUCCGUUUGUAGAUUCUUGCUGAAGAACGUGGGUACAUUGAGUGAGGAUUCCCUUCCCACAUAUAUCUUAUGGAGUAUUCUUUAUGCCACCUAUUUUGGUAUUGUUGUCGCAACAACGCUGAAAUUGAUGAAACGAUAUUCUGAGUUUCAAGUGAGACUCACUUCCUUAGGCUCACAGAUCAUUCUGAAUCAAGCACUGGUGGAUGAGUUGUAUUAUGGAAGGCUUGUAAGUUUUCCCAACGACUUAGAGAAUGUUGUUCAGAACGCAGACAGUCCACCUCAUUACUCAGAAAUCUUCAGUCGUUCCAAUAACACCUCAUUGCCCAAAUACUCUCAAAUCAAGGAUAAAAGCGGCUUUAAGGAUGAACGUCGACUAGAAGAAUAG